CGGGGAGUGCAGCCUGCUGCAGGGCAGGAACUGCUUGACAGGUGUUGCUGUUUAUAAGAUUCAGCUGCCUUAGCUGGUCGGGGUGUGAAUAACGAAGAAAGAAGCGUUUCCUGUCGGCGGCUCAGAACGUUGGCUUUGGGGUUUUCUGCCCUCCUCCUCAAAGCUGACAGAAUUAGUGUUUUUGCAGACAGAUUCUGCGUUUUUUUUUUUUUUUGUGUCAUAGAUGAUGAAAUGUGUCUGUCUUCCUCUCACAGGUUGUUUGAUACGUGGAGGACGGAAAAAAAAUCAAAAAGCACACUUCCUCUCAGCAUCCUCCCCCUCCCUGCCAGCCUGUGGAGGAGAAAGGCGCCGCGGCAGAGAGAAAGAGCCGCCUGGAUCCUGGAGGUUCUCUGGACAUCGGUGGCUCACCUGCGAACAUGUCGCCGUUCCUGCGGAUCGGCUUCUCCAGCUUUGAGAUCGAUCCUGGUUUGGCCUACUAUGAGGAGGUGCUGAACCCGUACUGCGCCGUGUACAUGAAGGAGGCCAUAGACACAGAGAAGGGCCAGGUCUACAAGCAGAAGAAGCCCACUAUGUACCCACCGUGGAGCACCACGUUUGACGCCCACGUCCACCGCGGACGCAUCAUGCACGUGAUGGUGAAGGACCGCACGGCAGAGCUCAAGUCAGAGGCCACAGUGGCUCUAGACUCCUUAGCUUCACGCUGCAGGAAGGAGAACGGAAAGCUGGAGAUCUGGCUGGAGAUGAAGCCGCAGGGUCGCCUGCUGAUGGAGGCCAGAUACUACCUGGAGAAGAGUGACGCUGCAGGUCAGACCGGUGCAGACCCGGAAUCAGUGCGGGCCGGAGACGGUCUGUUCACCCUCCAUCAUCGACGCGGCGCCAUCAAACAGGCCAAAGUCCACGUGGUCAAGUGUCACGAGUUCAGCGCCACCUUCUUCCCUCAGCCGACCUUCUGCUCCGUCUGCAAAGAGUUUGUUUGGGGUCUGAACAAGCAGGGAUACCAGUGCAGACAGUGCAACGCUGCCAUCCACAAAAAGUGCAUCGACAAAGUCAUCGCCAAGUGUACCGGUUCAGCCGUCAACAGCAAGGAGACCAUGAUCCACAAGGAGCGCUUCAAGAUCGACAUGCCCCACAGGUUCAAGGUCUACAACUACAAGAGUCCCACGUUCUGCCAGCACUGUGGAACGCUGCUGUGGGGCCUUGCCAAGCAGGGGCUCAAAUGUGAGGAAUGUAGCAUGAACGUCCACCACAAAUGUCAGAAGAAGGUCGCCAACCUGUGUGGGGUCAACCAGAAACUAAUGGCAGAAGCUUUGGCUGUCAUCGAGAGUAAACAACAGGCAAAAGGUACCAGAGAGAGUGAAAUCAUUGGCCGAGAAGGUCCGAUCGGUUUGGGCCAGCCAGGCGUGAUCCGGACGCCAUCUGGGUUGGUGGCAGGUUUACCCGUCUCACCGUUACCUGCUAACAGAGCAGACCCUACAGGCGUUCUGUGGGAGGGGCCUACAGAUGUCAGCACGUCCACUCCUGAGUUGGGCUCAGAAGAACCUCUGUAUGCCGUCCCAAAGAAAGAUCAUCAGCAGAGAUUCAACAUCGACGACUUCAUCCUGCAUAAGAUGCUUGGGAAAGGCAGCUUCGGAAAGGUGUUUCUGGCGGAGCUGAAGAGGAGCGGGACAUUUUUUGCUGUGAAGGCUCUGAAGAAAGACGUGGUUCUGAUGGAUGAUGACGUGGAGUGCACCUUGGUGGAGAGGAGGGUUCUGUCUCUAGCCUGGGAGAACCCCUUCCUCACUCACCUGUACUGCACCUUCCAGACAAAGGAGAAUCUCUUCUUUGUGAUGGAGUAUCUAAACGGAGGAGAUCUGAUGUUCCACAUCCAGAACUGCCACAAGUUCGACCUGAAUAGAGCUACGUUCUAUGCUGCCGAGAUCGUCUGUGGCCUCCAGUUCCUUCACUCUAAGGGAAUCAUCUACAGAGACCUGAAGCUGGACAACGUGCUGCUGGACUCGGACGGCCACAUAAAGAUAGCAGACUUUGGGAUGUGCAAGGAGAACAUGCAGGAGGAAUCCCGCACCUCCACGUUCUGCGGAACCCCGGACUACAUCGCUCCUGAGAUCCUGCUGGGUCAGAAGUACAACAGCUCCGUGGACUGGUGGUCCUUUGGGGUUCUGCUCUACGAGAUGCUGAUCGGUCAGUCUCCAUUCCACGGCCGCGAUGAAGAGGAGCUGUUCCAAUCCAUCCGGACCGACACUCCCUACUACCCCAACUGGCUCACCAAAGAGGCCAGAGACAUGCUAGUCCAGCUGUUUGUUAGAGAACCUGAGGAACGUCUGGGAGUGAAAGGAAGCAUCCGACAGCACAGCUUCUUCUGCAGCAUGGACUGGAUGGCCCUGGAGCAGCGGCAGGUGACACCGCCCUUCAGGCCGACUUUGUCGUCACCCAGCGACUGCAGUAACUUCGACAAAGAGUUCCUGAACGAGAAGCCGCGGCUGUCCUGCGCUGACCGCACUCUGAUCAACAGCGUGGACCAAACCAUGUUCAGGAACUUCUCCUUCGUGAACCCGGGGAUGGCUCGCAUGGUGGGGCGCUGACCCAAAACAAUGACAUAAACUGAAAGACUUCAGACUGUGAUUGCAGACAGAACCAGCAACAUGUUGGACCCAGUUGGUUCUGUUCUGAUCAUUUUGCUGUAAAACAAACUUUGAAUUAUUGACUGUGAUCCUUCUCAGACCCAGAAGAACCAUUUUCUCUCUGAUCCAGAACUUUGGUUCAAUAAAUUAAGGUUUCUGCUGUCAGGUUCAUCAAACAUGGAGCUAAAUGUAAUCCGAUUUAAUGCAAACCUGUUGAGUGUCAGUAGUUAGACCCAAAUCCAGCAGAUCCAGCUGUUUAGAAAGUCCAGAACUGGUGCGCUUCCACCAGCUGCUACUUGACUCUUCUGGUCACAUGAAGCCCGUUUCUGGAAAUGUCUGGACGUUAUCUGUGAACACGGUUCUGAUGGUUCUGCGGGGAAUGAAAACCAGUUAAUUCCAGCUGAUUUCUCCAUCCACCGCUAAUGUAGAAAUAUCUCAUCUAGAAACGUGUUCUUCUGGGUCUCAGGGAGGUUCUGGUUUGUAAAUGAAGCUGCUUCAUGGGAGGAGUUUGGAUUUAUUGAGAAAUGGUCCCUCAGAUGAAAACAGCUGUACUGUAGUCCUGGUUCUGAUUUGGAUCCAUCAGAUGCCCCUCUGUCCCUGCACAUCCUGUAUCAUCACCUUCAUCAUGUUAAUAAAGUCUGUGAUUGUAUCCGACUGGUUCCCGGUUCUUUCC